AUGCUCGCUCACACGCACGCACGCUGCGGCGCCAGCGACAGCGAGGCCGCGAUUGUGCUCCUGCACGGCUUCCUGGGCGAUCGGCGCGACGUCGAGCCGCUGCGCCAAAAGCUCGGCGCUCUCGCGGACAGCAUCAGCCUCGACCUUCCCGGGCACGGCGACAGUGCGUGGAUGCCGACCAUCGACGCUGGGACGUCCGCCGUUGACGCCGCGCUCGCGACGCUAGAGGCGCUGUGUCCGCCGCCUGCGCGGCUGCUGCUCGUCGGGUACUCGAUGGGUGGCCGCGUGGCGCUCCAGCUGGCGGCACGCCUGCCGCCGCCUCGCCUCGCCGGACUCGUCAUCCUGAGCGGUAGCCCUGGGCUGGACGACGGCGCGUUGCGCGAGGCGCGGCUCUCUCGCGACGUUGCCCUCGCCGCGCGGCUGCGAGCGAUGACCCCGCCGCACUUUGACGAGUGGCUGCGACGGGAGUGGUAUC